AGUUCACUGCAAGUUAUAAACAAAGUCCAUACAAAUCAAUUGCGUUCAUAGACGCUGUUUGAGACGGGGCUUCUUCGGAAAAAAACAGCCCCUGGGAAAUUGUUUUAAAUUGAAAAUCCAUUGAAAAGCAUCUUCUGAAUUCCCCUCGUGACAUUUUCUGCAUCUCCAUCUGUGGUUCAUUUUGAGGAAGAUCCAAAUGUCAUCUCAACUAACAGAGGCUCUCCAAGAAUGGGAGCGUUUGGAGAAAGAGUUUCAGCAGAUUCAGGAGAGUCAUCGGCUUUACCUGCAGAAGCUGGAUGAAGUCUCCAAGAUGCAGAACAACUUUACUGCCUCCAUCACUCGACACAGGAAGUAUUUAAAGGACUUGUCUCAGUCGCUAAACAAAUGCAGUAAAGGACUUACAGGACAGAAUGCAAAGCAGGUGGAGGAUAUAAAGAGGCACAUCCAGGAGAGGCCCAACAUUUUCUCACAGAUGGAGUCAUUUCUUCCCAAAGAAAAUGGGAUAUAUCUCAGUCUUGUCCUUGGGAGUGUGAAUGUCAACCUUCUAAGUAAGCAGUCAAAGGCUGCCUACAAAGAUGAAUAUGAGAAAUUUAAGCUGGGUGUGACUGUGAUUCUGCUCCUGCUGGCCUUCAUUUGUCAGUUUUUAGUCACCUACAGGUUUGUGGACGCACUCCUGAACUUCCUUCUGGUCUGGUACUACUGCACCUUAACAAUCCGUGAGAGCAUUCUCAUCAGUAACGGCUCCAGGAUUAAAGGCUGGUGGGUGUUCCAUCACUACAUCUCCACCUUCCUGUCAGGGGUCAUGCUCACCUGGCCUGAAGGCGAACUGUACCAGAUGUUCAGGAGCCAGUUUCUGACCUACUGUUUGUAUCAAGGCUUUGUACAGUGCCUUCAGUAUUACUAUCAAAGUGGAUGCCUUUACAGACUCAAAGCCCUCGGGGAAAGACACAACCUGGACUUGACAGUGGAGGGAUUUCAGUCAUGGAUGUGGCGAGGGCUGACAUUUCUGCUGCCGUUUCUGUUCUUUGGUCAUUUCUGGCAGCUUUUUAACAGCGUCACCCUGUUCAGAAUGGCCAAGCUUCCCCAGUGUAAAGAGUGGCAGGUUUUCAUAUGUGGGUUUUCCUUCCUGGUUUUAUUCGCUGGUAACUUUCUCACUACGCUUGCAGUGGUCCGUCACAAGAGGAAAACCAAGAAUCAGGGAAAGAGCAAGAGCCUGUGAACCAAUGAGCUGCUAAUUUACUGUCUGUAAUGCAUAAUGUGGAGUUCACAGUUUAUUUUUAUGUCCUGCUUUAAACUAGUUUGUAACAAAUAGUAAUAUUCUGACUCUGACUUCUGUUGAUGUGUUACUCUGUCUAAACUGCAGAGAUAAAAGAGGCUUCAGGAAAAAUCAAUGGAAGCAAUUUUGUUGUGUUAAAAUCUUGCUUCAAUGCUCUUGAUGAUGAACCAUAA